AUGACGACUCGAAAAGAAAAUAAAGUUAGUCUUCUCGACUUACCAACGGAGCUUCUAUAUCGAAUUUGCGAUUUUCUGGAUACAAAAACAAUCGUUCGAUCGAUUCGACAUGUUUGUACGCAACUAUUUGCUGUUACAGAAAGUUACAAUCGGUAUAAGAUUCAUGUUAACUCGAUUGCGAUGAAAAACAUCUGUCGGAUUAUUCCAUCGGAAAAUAUUUUACUAUUAGAAAUCGACGAUAACAACAGUGUAAUUAUCGACAUUCAUAGAUUCCAACGGCUUGAAACAUUAGUUCUUCAUCGUGUGGACAUCAAUGAAGUCAAAUUGAUUUUACGGCAUGUGAUAAAGAAUUGUAACUUAGUUACAUUCUCUCUCGAUGUAAAUCCCUUAGAGGAUGUGGAUGAUUUAUUGAAUUUAAUAUCCAAGAUUAUCUUACAAUCCAGUCUUCGCCAGUGCAUUUUGAACUUUAAUUUGAACAAUGUCGAACGAUUUCUAUGGCCGUUUCCGUGUCGAGUUACAAGUCUUUCGAUUGGAACAUGCACGUUCGAGCAAUUUCGCUCCAUUCUAGACCACUCGCCUGAUUUACAUUCUCUCAUCAUGAACAAUUGCUGGAAAAUCGAAAUCAACGAAUCGUUUCUCACAAAAUCCUAUUCGCAAUUACAUUCCCUUACACUAAACGAUCUCAAAAUGACAAUGGAUAAACUGGAAUACUGUCUUUCGCUGUUGCCUUCGCUAACUCAUUUGGAUCUUACGAGUUCGGGCAAGCCAUUCGAAUUUAUACAUCGUCUAUCUCGAUGGGAAUACUUUCUCCGGCUGAAAUUACCACGACUUGCUCAUUUAGAAUUCUGCAUCUUCUGCUAUUGCUGCGAUUGGAAUCAUUUUGAUAGGAUGAUCACUGCUUUUCGAAAUCCAUUUUGGCUGGAAGAAAAACGUUGGUUCGUCACGUGUCAAUUUCGUGACGAUUGGACAUCCAGUUUUACUGUUUUUACCUCAUCCAAUCCAUCGACCUAUCACUCUCCUGAUAAUCAUCAUUUUGAUAGAAUCGUUUGUUCGAAUUUGAUUACUUCUGAACAACAAUAA